UUGUCUCCAACUGGUAGCAGGAUUAACCCAGAAGACAGAAGCAAAACACUCGCGCUGCAGCAAGGCCACGCCGAGCCGCUUCAACGAUCCCAACCCGGAGAAGUGUUAGCGAUGCCGCCCGCAAAGAAGGAUGCCGUAGCUGCACGCUCGGCGGCCAUAACAACUCACAUGAACAAGGAUCAUUCUGACGCGGUCAAGGCGCUAGCUCAGUACCAUGCUGGUCUAGAUCGUCUGCCAGAUAAGGCCAAGAUGCUUUCAAUCUCUUCAACGGGGUUAGAGCUCGAGUUCCGACCAAUAGGCCCAUCGCUGCUCACUCUACCACCACUACAGAAGCUAUUCAUCCGAUUCGACAAGCCGCUCAAGGCAGACACCGAAGCGCGACCGAAGAUGAUCGCCAUCUGUCAGGAAGCAGAUGAGAGGAGGCAGAAGAACGCCCCAAUCCUCUACUCUCCUUCAUACGACUUCAUAUUUCCGGCCAUGGUGAUCGGAGCAUGGAUCGUCAUUCGUACGCCCGCAGUGCGGGAUGCAAUCUUGUCCAAAGGCUUCAACGAGUACAUCAUGGCCAAGAUCGGCGGCGAGGAUGGCAUUGAAACGUGCAACUUUGUCAUGAGCAUCCUCGCAAAAGUUCACGCCAUCGAGGCUAUUGCAAUGGCUGUUCUCUGUCUCCGACGGAAAGCGAGCCUACAUGUUGUUGCGCUUUGGAGUAUCAGCACAUUCUUCGCCGGCUUCACCCAGUUCCAGAAGCUAUUCAAGCUCAAUCCACUCCAGCCGGAAUUCAAAAAGGAAAAGUUGCACUGAUCUAAUCAGGAAACGAUGGUGGAGCCGUAUGGGCAUGAUGAUGAAGGGGGAGAGGAAAACAUGUUGUCUAACGAUUGCAUUACCUGCGAUGAGCUGUGUCAGCCCCCUUGCUAUGCUACAGCUAUCUAACAAUACGGUUACAAUUUGAUUACUUCGGCACAUGACUCUGCAACCAGUUGCUGUACGCCCGGAUCUUCGCAUCGCUCACUUUCUCUAACUUGGAUAUCAACGCCUUCGACCCAGGCAAAG